AUGGAGGAAUCUCUCAAAAUCAGAAACAUUGAUGGUGCUCAUCGGAAACAAGCCUUGCUACACUGUGGUGCCACUCAAAUGGUCUACAAUUGGUUACAUCUCAACAAGGAGUCUUCUAGGACUAAGUCUCUAGUAACUCCUGGGAAUGGGAAUAGCAAAGAUUCGACUCCGCUGACCAAAUUGACCGUGCAGCGUUUUCUCCCGAUGGAAGGCAUAUCGUUUGUGGUUCCGAGGACAAGUUUGUCUACCUAUGGCGUACCGCUGAUCUACCUUCUACAUUAUCAGUGCGAAAGGAUCGUAAUGCUACGGGGGAAAGGGACCGUAGAAAAGGAGCGCACACGCAUGCGGCUGUACAGCUAA